AUAGACUGAGUUUGAGGCUGGGUUUAAUAUAAUACAGGAUAAUGUAAUCUGUAAUCCUAUUACUGUACAGGAUAAUGUAAUUUUUAAUCCUGUUAUUAACUGAGCAUAGGUGUACAUGUCUUUUCAGGUUUGAUUUCAGCAUGGUUGAGUGUAGUUUGUGUUUAGGCUGAGAUUCGUUACAAGUUGGAAGAGUAUUGGACUGUGCAGUGAAGCAGGAUAAAAAAAAGUGUCUUAUCAUGCUGCAUACUAAUUAAACUGUGGAAAUCAGCGUUAAACCCUCAGCAUGUGAUGUGAUGUGAUGGGAUGUGGGAUGUACCAGCUAUUUCACUCACCAUCACAGUUCAGCAGAACCUUCCAGAGAGUGUAGACUAACUAUCUGUGAGGUGUUUCACCAUGCCAUCUUCAACCACAAGCAGUGAGCUGAUCUUCUACAUCAAUGGAAAGAAGGUGGUGGAGAAGAAUGCAGAUCCAGAAGAGAUGCUUCUUGGAUACCUGCGGAGGAAAGUUGGUCUAACAGGCACUAAGUAUGGCUGUGGAGGAGGGGGCUGCGGGGCCUGCACUGUAAUGGUGUCCAGAUAUGAUCCUGUCGAAGAGUCCAUUCACCACUGUGCGGUGACUGCCUGUUUGCAGCCCAUCUGCUCUCUGUACGGAGCUGCCGUGGUCACAGUGGAGGGCAUCGGCAGCACCAGGACCAAACUACAUCCCGUCCAGGAGCGUAUUGCAAUGGCCCAUGGCUCUCAGUGUGGUUUUUGUACUCCAGGGAUGGUGAUGUCCAUGUACACACUGCUGAGGAACAAACCAAAGCCCAGCAUGGAGGAUAUCAGAGAGGCUCUGGCAGGAAACCUGUGCCGCUGCACUGGAUACAGGCCCAUCAUUGAUGGCUUUAAAACAUUCUGUAACAAAGAACAGUGCUGCCAGAAUGGAGAGCAACGUGUAAAAUGCUGCUUGGAAAAUGGAUUCACCCACAACCUGGACGAUAAUAUAUCUGAAGAACUGUUUAGAGUGGAGGAUUUUAUUCCCCUGGACCCAACCCAGGACCUCAUCUUCCCUCCAGAGCUGAUUCUAAUGGGGAAGAAGCCAGACGGUGGUCAGUUGUGUUUCCAGAGUGAGAGGGUGAAGUGGAUCUCUCCGGCUCUUCUAACAGAUCUGAUUCAGCUAAAGGCCCAGUAUACAGAUUUCCCAAUGCUGGUGGGAAAUGCAACACUAGGGCCAAAGAUGAAUCUGAAUGGAGCACUGUAUCCUGUCCUCCUUUAUGCUGGCAGGAUUCCAGAACUGAGGACCAUUACUUGGAGCAGCAGUGGGGUCAGGGUGGGUGCAGGAUGCAGUCUCUCGGCCCUGAAGGACGCUCUGCAGAUGAAAAUGGAGCAGCUGAACCCAGAGGAGAGCCGCAUCUACCAGGCUCUCUUGCAAACCCUGCAGUGUCUCGCUGCCAAGCAGAUCCGCAACAUGGCUACCAUUGGAGGCAACAUCAUGAGUGCUAACCCAAAGUAUGAUCUGUGUAGCGUUCUUGCCGCUGCACAAUGCACGCUUCAGAUAAUCUCCACAGCUGGUGUUCGGGAGGUCUGUCUGAAUGAGGAGUUCUUCACAGGCUUUGGUAAAACAGCACUGAGGCCGGACGAGAUUCUGCUGGCUAUAGACAUUCCACACUCUAAACCUUGGGAGUUCAUCUCAGCGUUUCGUCAGGCCCAGCGGAGGGAGUUUGCCUUCUCCAUAGUGAACGCCGGCAUGAAGGUGGUGUUCAGAGAUGAGUCUGCAGUGGUCGAGUCUCUGGACUUGUAUUACGGAGGUGUGGGUCCCUCGCUGGUCAAAGCCAGGAACACCUGCAAGGAGCUGUCAGGAAGACUUUGGGACGAGAGUCUCCUGGCAGAAGGAAUUCGGCUCCUGAAAGAGGAAAUCUCUCUGUCCCCUGCUGCCCCUGGUGGUAGGGUGGAGUACCGCAAGUCUUUGAUUCUCAGCUUCUUCUUCAAGUUCUACAUGCAGAUGCUGCUGGAGCUAAGACAGCGGGGAGUGGCUGUAACAGAUGUUCCUCCGGAGAACCUGAGCGCCUUGACCCAAUACAGGAGCGAGCUGCCACAAGGGCACCACACCUUUCAGAUGGUGUCAGAUGAUCAGUCCUCCACAGAUCCGGUAGGACGUCCCAGAAUGCACCAAGCAGCAUUCCAACAGGCCACAGGAGAAGCACAGUACUAUGAUGACAUCCCUGCAGUGAAAGGGGAGCUCUUUUUGUCCAUGGUGACAAGCACCAGGGCUCACGCCAAAAUCACGUCCAUAGAUGCUUCAGCAGCACUUGCCAUGCCUGGAGUUGUGACUUUCAUUACUGCUGAACAUGUCCCUGGACAAAACAGAAGACUGUGGUUUGGUAACAUUGAAGAACUCUUUGCUGAGGAGGAGGUGAUCUGUGUGGGUCAGAUUAUUGGAGCCAUCGUGGCUGAAAACCGAGAGCUUGCGAAGAGAGCAUCAUGUCUGGUCACUGUGACAUAUGAGGAUGUACUGCCUGUCUUCUUCACUAUACAGGAAGCCAUAGAGCACCAGUCCUUCUUUGAGCCAAAAAGGAAGCUGGAGAGAGGGAAUGUGGAGGAAGGGUUUGAACAAUCAGACCACAUCCUGGAGGGUGAGCUGUAUAUGGGAGGACAGGAGCAUUUCUACAUGGAGACUCAGGGGCUGAUUGCAGUGCCAGGAGAAGAGGCUGGGGAGAUGGAGCUUUAUGUAGCCACACAGCAUGCAGCCUACACUCAGGAGGUGGUUGGACUGACUCUGGGCGUGGACUCCAAUAAGAUUACAUGCCACGUGAAGAGACUGGGUGGAGCAUUCGGAGGGAAAGUGAUGAAGAUCGCCUCAUUGUCCGCCAUCACUGCAACUGCUGCCUACAGAACCGGCCGUGCUGUGCGGUGUGUUUUGGAACGUGGUGAUGAUAUGCUUAUCACCAGUGGCAGACAUCCCUUCCUGGGCAAGUAUAAGGUCGGGUAUAUGGACGAUGGCACCAUCCUGGCUGCGGAUAUAACCUACUACAGCAAUGGGGGGUGCACACUGGACGAGUCUUCGUUUAUCAUGGAGAAAGCUCUUCUUCACAUGGACAAUGGCUACAAGAUUCCUCACUUGCGUGGGCGUGGUUUUGUGUGCCGGACAUUUCUGCCCUCCUACACAGCAUUCAGAGGCUUUGGUGGCCCUCAGGGCCUCACCAUGAUUGAGAGCGUUCUCCAUGAGGUGGCAGCUAAAUGUGGGCUACCUGCGCACCAGGUGAGAGAGAUGAACAUGUACCAGAGCGAGGACAGCUACACCCACCACAAGCAGCUCUUCAGCCCCGAAGAUAUGCUGCGCUGCUGGAGCGAGUGCCUGGAGAAAUCGGACUAUGAGCAGCGCCUCCUCGCUGUCCAGCAGUUCAACUCCACCAACCGCUGGAGGAAGCGAGGAAUGUCCAUUGUCCCGAUGAAGUUCGGAAUAGGCUUCUCCAAGGGCUUCUACAACCAGGGAGCAGCACUGGUGAACAUCUACAAGGACGGCUCAGUGCUGGUUUCUCAUGGUGGGACUGAGAUGGGUCAGGGCAUCAACACCAAAGCCAUACAGAUUGCCAGUCGUAUCCUGAACGUCCCCAUGUCCUCCAUCCAUGUGAAGGAAACCUGUACUGGCAAUGUUCCUAAUGCUGCUCCAUCGGCUGCCUCGUUCGGCACAGACGCCGUCGGCAUGGCCGUGAAGAAUGCUUGUGAGAAGCUGAUGGGCCGACUGGAGCCAAUCAGAAAGAAUAACCCUAAACACACCUGGCAACAGCUGGUGGUGGAGGCCUACUGUCAGAAGGUCAGCUUAUCAGCCACAGGCUUCUUCAUGGGGCCCCACACUGGUGUGGACUGGGAGAGGAGUGAGGGGACUGCAUAUUAUUACUUCACCUUUGGGGCGUGCUGCUCUGAGGUGGAGAUCGACUGUCUGACCGGAGAUCACAAAAACAUUAGGACGGACAUUGUGAUGGACGUUGGUCGAAGUCUGAAUCCUGCCCUGGACAUCGGACAGGUUGAGGGCGGUUUUGUGCAGGGUUUGGGACUCUACACUAUAGAGGAGCUUCAGUUUUCUCCUGAUGGAGCUCUGAGGACCAGAGGACCUUCAGACUAUAAGAUCCCAGCCCUCAUAGACAUCCCACGCACACUCAACACACACCUGCUGACCAACGCACACAAUCCCCACGCCAUCUACUCCUCCAAGGGUAUCGGCGAGCCCACCGUGUUCUUCGGCUGCACCAUCUUCUUUGCUAUUAAAGAAGCGAUUGCUGCAGCUCGGAGAGAGAGAGGACUCAGUGAGAGCUUUAACCUCUCCUCUCCGGCCACGGCUGAGAAGAUCCGGCUGGCUUGUGAAGACACCUGUACCACCGCGGCCUUCUCCGUGACGCCUGAACCCUGCAAACCCUGGGCUAUUGAUAUCUGAAUGGCAUCCAUCCAAACCUCUCUGAUGCUCACCUGUGGGCUUCUCACCUUUUAUCCAAACUAACUCUUUCUUUUAUUCUUCAGUGUCUCACACACAUCAUUAACUCUGGGUUGAUAAGGAGUCAGGUUGCCUUUGCCCUCACAAAAUCUGCUACCGACAAUAAUUGGAGAACUGCAUAAAUUUCUAAAGCCCCUGGGAACCUAAAUCUGAGUUUUCUAUUUCCUACCUCAAAUCAGAAAAAGUCAGGAUAGUAUGGAACAUGCAAAUAAGAAGGCAGUGUUUCCUUUCAUGUGGGACAGAGGAGGUUUAACUGCUUUUAUUGGAGACAAUGACAUAUUGCCACCGUCGGACUAUAAAAUAUUAUAUCCCAAAAAUGAGCAUAAUUUCCCCCAAUUGUCAUCAACUUCAAAAUGAAAGUCCUUUUGCUGCGUUAUUACACAUCUGUCCAUAUCAUUCACGCCAAGUUUGCCUGAUGGUUUGACUGAUAACGGUCCGGAUGAUCCUUUUGUUUUUGCUCCUGAGCUCACAAUGUCAAUAUCUGGAAUACUGUUACAUCUGACCACAAUAAUUGAUUCCAAUGCAUGAUGGUCCAUCUACAUGUCUCAGAGACGUGGCGCAUCUUGUUUAUGCUCUACAACACAAAGUAAUCACUCCCUAUGUGAUUUUGGCAGACAUUGUUUUUUCAUGCAUUAUAUACAAACUCGAGAUCUUUUGCCCAUCUUUGCUCUUCAAAAGCUCAGCAUUCCAUGGAUGCUGCUUUUGUACCAGAACCUGAUUAUAAUCACGUCUGCAUGAUUGACAUCACAUGUUUAGAAUCACAUCAGUAUUUUUGUUUCAUUUUUUUUUUUUUCCGGGGGGACUCCAUCCCAACUUUUUUUUUAAUGUGUUGCAGGCUCAGCAAAAGCUGGUCCUUGAAUGUAAUGUCAUUUGUUUUUAAUUCACUGCUGGACAAUGACCUAGCCUUGAUCCUCAGCAAGCCGGACGGUGAAUCAGCAGAUUCUGCAGCCAACAGGACUUUGCUCUAACAUUAAAGUCAGUUAUUAACCUGAGUGAAGAAUGAGGUCAGUCUUCAAUACUAAAAGAGAGAUUAAAUUAAUAAUAAUAUAAUAACUUAACGUGUGAGAGACUGUGGCCUUGCGGCAGAUGUUUACUUGUUUAUGAAUCACCAUAAUAAAACUAAUACACCUAA